CUCGACCCUUGACCUUGUAAAAUGGAUGUCCUGAAAAUUUUGAUAAAUCUAAAUAAAUAAAGAAAUCAAAAUAUGUGAUUGUGUGUUUGCAGCUUGAAUGCUUGAAGUAACACAUCAAGAACUGGAAGAGCAUAAACCAAUGCAUUUGAUGGCGUAACCAACAGUAGUCAUGGCAACUGCUAUCAACCAACCAGACUCCUUAUGGGAUAUAUCUCUUCUUUAUUGUGUUAGAAAUCUGCAGACAUUUUGUGUCCAAGAACUUGCAGUUACAAACAAUGAUCAAACAGUCUAUAACUGGAAAUUACGAGAGGGCUUAACAUUGCCGCUUGAAGUAUGCGAGAGCUUGUUGACAGCUUUCCUAGCCAAUCACUAUAGAGAACCCGAUGAACCUGAUUAUUACGAUUACAAAUUGAACAGUUUUCUCCACAUAUUUCAAGAUACAUUACGUACUAGACUUAAAAGAGUUAACUUGUCAAGGAUGCAAGUUGUAGACACUGCUCUGGAGUGGAUACUCUCACAUAAGCUUACUGAGCUCGAUAUAUCGGAUAACUCCGCCUUAAGGAACUUGUCGAUGCAUUGUAUUAACACUUAUGGCGACAACCUAACCAAACUAAAUAUUGGGAAUACCACAGUCAUAUUUAACGAUCUGGAUCCUGUGCAGUUGGAUGAAAAUGACUCUAGUGCUAUUAAACCACCAUGUCAUUGUCUCCCUAUACCAAAAACUUCAUCUAUUCAAGAUUAUUUGCUCUCUCGUGACAAAUGUGCCGAUCACAAACAUGAGAGUCAGCGAGAUCCAUUAUUCAUGCGGGAAUAUGUGUUUGACUUGCCUAACCUUAGAUGGUUAUCAAUACAUGAUUUGAGUCAUAAUGCUUAUGACAUGAUCUUAACUUUAUUAAAACCUUUGACUAAAUUAACAUAUUUGGAUCUAUCAGGGUGUGGUGUAGAUGCUGAAUUAUUGAUGGGUGUCCAGAGUUAUGCCCAUAUUAGGUCGUUAACACUCUAUGAUGUACAGAUAAGUAAUCUGGAGGAUACAUUGAUAGCUAUAGGCAAACUUAAAACAUUGAGGCACCUUGACAUCAGCCAAGGCAAGGAGCAGCAUGUCCUCUAUGAUGAGCCUGAGCAACGUCUGAGAUAUAUUGUCAACGCUCUCCCUAACCUGGUAUCCCUUGACAUAUCUGGCACAAACCUGGCUGGGAUGGAGCCCAACGAUUACCUCACUAAGACUCUGAAAUUUGAAGAAGAAAGGCAACAGUAUCCACACUGUCCUAUCUAUGGCCUCGAGGGUAGAUCAUUUGAGUUCCUAGGCCUUCUCUACUGUACAACUGAGCCUUGCAACAGGGAAAACAUACCUGCUAAAAAGGUAACUGGUGAUAAAACAGAGGAACAAGUAUUAGUCUCCAUCCAGGCAAACAUAGAAAAAACAGAGCUUCUGAUUCGCUCCCUGAAUCACCUGUUUAGAAUAUUCCGCUACUCCAUCUGUAAAAGUCCCGCUGUUGCUUUAAAGGGUAUUCUCACUGCUAUGAAGAAGCAUGUCUUCGACAGAUCUGUGCAAAUAUCUGGCAGUGCCUCAUUGUUCUACAUCGUAAAGGGGAAAGAAAGGUCCAUGCUAAAUGUCGCCACCAGACGAGAUAUCAUAACAACAAUACUAGCUGGAAUGGAAAGCCACAUGGAUGAGGCCACGAUGAUGCGUAAUGGGUGCCUCACAUUGUGCCACUUUAAGAUUCCCCAAGAUGUGAUAUAUGAAUAUCCAAGAGUGAUCAAAGUCCUACUGAACAUGAUCUCUCCCCCAGACCAAGAGGAGUUUGUGCAGAGAAUUGGUAUUCACCUGUUGAACAGCUUAGCCUGCCAGGUGGAUGGUAAAGAGAAGCAGUUGGUUGGGGACUAUGGUGCAAUAGAGACAAUGUUAGAGACUGUGAGAAACAGACUAAGACAGAACAUCUGUGAUGAGGUGAUGGAAAUAGCAUGGAGUACAAUGUGGAAUGUAACUGAUGAGACGGCUAUCAACUGCGAACGUUUCAUUGCAGACAAAGGCUUGGAUCUCUUUCUGCAGUGCCUCGAGACUUUUCCUGAGAAGCCAGAGCUAUUGAGGAACAUGAUGGGGUUAAUGGGUAAUGUAGCAGAGGUCCCAUACCUUAGAAAGUAUCUCAUCACCCCACAGUACAUCUCAGUAUUCAGUGAGUUACUGAUGUCAAAAAGUGACGGCAUUGAAGUCAGUUACAAUGCUGCAGGGGUGCUAUCCCAUAUUGCAUCUGAUGGCCCUAAAGUCUGGACAAUAUCCUCACCAACUCGUAAAGAAGUUCUACAGAAUCUCUCAACAGCAAUUGAAAAAUGGGACUUAGAUACUAAGAGGAAUAUCAAUUACAGGUCAUUUGCGCCAAUCUUAAGACUCCUUCCAAUCCAUGAGACUCCUGAGGUUCAACACUGGGCAAUAUGGGCAUUGUGCAAUCUAACAAGAGUAUAUCCUAACAAAUAUUGUCAACUGUUGGUCAAUGAGAAUGGUAUUGAACUUAUAGAACAAGUUGCUUUAGACCAACGACCAUACCCACGGAUACGUGAAUUGUCAUCAAUGGUUUUAGAGUGUUGUCGAAAUUGGAAGAUAGGUGGCGCCAGAGAUGAUAAUGAUAUUAGGGACGAUAAUGACCCAAGUAAUAUGGAAGGUUGAAUAUUUGCAGUACUUUGUGAACUUAGUUGAUGAAAUGGCCUUUUUGAUAAGAGCCUCAACAUUAUUUUAUGCUGUUAGACUAUGUAUUUAAGAGUACAAAAUAAAAACCAUGUAAUAUAUGAAUGAUGAAAUUUGGAACAUGUCACCCGCAAAUGCCACAUGAAAUCUGAAAGAAACCAUUAAUGAAAACCAUUGUGAUUUGAAAAAUGGCAGACCACCAAUGGAAAACUCUGGAUUGUUAAGAGUUGAGGGAGGUGGACUUAGAAUAAAAUGUAUAGUGUUUUUCCUCAACAAUAUUUGGAGACAUUAUUUUAUUACAAACUAACCAAUACCUAUUGUUCACUGUAUAUGACUUAGCAGGUGUAUGAUUCAUUUUAUUAUUGGCUCAUAUUAUUGUAUUGUGUUGUAAGACACAGUUAACACAGGGAGUGUACCAAAUUA